GUGCUCAUGGUCGGCGAGGCGGAGCGCAUCAUCGAGAACCUGAAGCAGUUCGACAUCGCGGACGUCGGCAGCCGGGCGUGGAUGGAGCAGCACGCGAGCAUGGAGAAGCUGAACCAGCAGGCGCACGCGUCGGCGCGCGACAAGUCCGACGAGUUCGUCCUCGAGGCGUUCCUCACCUUCGACAAGCUCCCGACCCUCGUCUACGAUCUCAUCCUGAGCGAGCAGUGGCGCGAGAAGGUCUACCCCUACCUCGAGGCGGACAUCGUCGGCGCGAGCGAGGAUCGGGAGAGCGAGGCGACGCGCGCCAAGUGCAUGCGGUGCUACUUCGUGCUCUUCCACGAGACGACGGUCGUGAACCUGCUCGAGUGCCUCUGCUACCACGCGCACGCCGUCGGCAACGUGCGCGACGCGUCCCUCGACCUCACGGACUACUGCGCGCGGCGCCUCGCGGCGCUCCACUCCAAGGCGAAGCUCUUCCGCGCCGCGAAGCCCGCCAAGGACGCGGCGCAGUCGCCCGGCGACUUCGCGCGGUCGCUGGAGAAGCGGUCCGCCAAGGAGGAGCUCGACCAGCAGUCGCUGGAGAUCGAGUUCAGCGCGUCCGUGUCCUGCGUCGCGCUCGUGCGCAUGGUCGUCGAGCACCUCGGCGAGUUGACCGUCGCGGGCAUGUCGCGCCUGCUGGAGACGCACGACUUCCUGCUGUCCAUCGUGCCCCUGCUCGAGCACCCGCCCUGGACGCGCGCGCGCUACGAGCGCAAGCUCCAGGAGGGCGACUGGAAAGACGUGCCCACGGACCGGCUCCUCGACGUGACGAAGCUCGAGGCCCAGGCGUGGCUCGCGCUCUACCACCUCACGCUCCACCCGGAGGUGCGCAAGCGCUACGGCUUCGACGCGUACCGCAAGCAGACGCUCCUCCGCGCGCGGCGCUUCAUCAACGACGUGCUGCUGGACCAGCUGCCCGUGCUCGCGGACCUGCAGCGCUUCAUGGACGAGCUCGCCAUC